CAAUAAAAUAUGCUUUGCAUCAUAAACGAAGUUUUAACCUCAGAGUUAUUAUUACUCUGAAACCUCAGAGUUAUUAUUACUCUGAGGUUUUAACCAACCAGCAAUUCAAAAUAUAAGGUCUAUGACAAGAAUUUCUAUCCGAUUUGAUCUAUGACAAACGACAAGAUAGUGCAAAUCGGUGUGUGUAUGGUAGGAGUUUAUUGGCUGAAAUCUGAAAUUCUCCAAAUGAUCUAGCCACAGAAUAGUAAAUUAUCUAUUCUGUGAUCUAACCGCGAACCAGUUAUUUAGCCGUUGAAUUAUCUUAAAUAUGUGUACAGUCCGGAACCCAGAAUUUUAAAUAAGACAUGGAUUCAAACGAGAAAUUUAAGAUUUUGAACCUGCUGAAAGAACUAGAAAAUGUUCACUAUCCUGCAGGGCCCUUAUAUCAGAGAAUAAAUAGUUGUAAAGCUCUAAUCAACGAGAAUGAUAAUGAACUAGAAAGCAUCUACUACCUUUCUGAAACACAUUCUCCAGGAUUACGAAGUAGAACAGUAUUAAGGUAUGAAAAACUUUUAGCAAAUGAUCCUGUUUCACAAAACAUCACUCACCUGCAAAAGAGUCGAGAUAAUCUGGCUUUCAAAUGCUCUACAUAUCCAAAAAAUGACAGAAUUAGAAUUAUGUUAGAACAAAUGCAAGAGAUGCCAAAAGAAUGGACGGUUGUACAGUUGACACCCCAAUAUAAUUCAAGAGACAUUUUAAAUGAAGAUAACAAUGUAUAUCAUACAAACCCCAUUCAUAUUUCUGUUUUCUCAUGUGGGCAAAAUGAAACUAGACCAUUUUUAAUAAAUGUUGGGGCACCAAAAGAUCCAGUAACUGGAAAUAAUAUAGAGCUCGCCCAGGAAAUGAACUCAAUAGUCAAAGGGAAUAUUGAAGUACUCACAAGUAACAAGAAAAAAAUGUUUAGAAAUCAAAAAGAGAAAAUGGAUUAUAUUGAAAGAAGACAAGUAAUUGAAGACAGAUUAAGGAAUAUUGUCAAAGUAAUGCAGGAUAUGUGGCUGAAAGAGUGGAGAUGUUUAUUAACAGGAAAAUAUUGUGAUGAAAAUUUGGAAGAAAAAUUAAAGACUGAAAUGGACACCUAUUUUAAAAAAGAAGUAACUGGGUUGGAAAUUACGAAAAAAACUGAAUACAUUCUAUGCAGCGCUCUCAAAAACUGUCUACACUUGAAACUGAAUGAAGUGAAGAAAAUAGUGCAAUUUUGUUUUCCUGAUCUCUUGGAUAAGAUUUUGAUUCGAAAUAUAGUGCAGUUUAUAAGAAGUUUGGGAAACAAACUCAUUACCAAAGGAGUCAAUACCAAAAAAUAUCCUGUUAUCCUAGUUUUACAUGACACGCUUGACUGUUUUCCAUGGGAAAUGAUAGAUGUUCUACAAGACGAAUCUGUCUCAAGACUGCCUUCCCUCCAUUUCGUAUACUGCUUAUUUAAAGAACACCAAAACGAUAUUGUGGAUGGUCACAAAGUGAUUACAAGUUACGACAAAGGCACAUAUAUUGUCAAUCCUGACAUGGAUCUUCAAUCAAUGGAGACGAGGAUGAUGAAUUUUUUCAACUAUUGGACUCCAGGAUGGACGGGAACCUCAGGAUACCAGCCCAGCAAAGAUGAGUUUUUUGAAUUGCUUACAUCUAGCGAUAUUUUCUCGUAUAUCGGACAUGGAAGUGGAAGUCAUCUGAUGUCGAUGGAUAAGAUUCAAAAGACCCAUGUUAAGGCUGUUGUUCUUCUUUUUGGUUGUGGUAGCACAAAAAUUACACGAUUGGAUCCUCAAGUGGAAAUGUUCGGACAUUACCAUAUGUACCUCAUAGCUAGGUGCCCAUGUGUUGUUGGAAUGUUAUGGGAGGUAACUGAUAUUGACACAGAUACACUUACAUCAGAUUUUCUGAGUCAUUGGAUACCUUCAGAAGCUCCAAUCCACUGGAAGUAUGUAGAUAAAACCAAAUGGAAGAAAGCAGAAGAAAAGAUAAAAUUGGUUCGAAAUGUAACAAUUCUUGAGGAUGGACAACUAUGGGAACCCGAGUUACUUAAAGCACUAGUUUUAGCAAAAAAAGGCCUGAGAUAUAAUAUGACGAAGGCAGCAUGUGUAGUGAGAGGCCUGCCAGUUAAAAUCAAAUCACUGGGAUCGAUGAGCGAGUCGAAAGGGACACAACUGUGAAAUUGAAUCAGAAUCUAUUUAAGGUAAUUCCCAUUAAAUCUUUAAAUCUAUUAGAAAUAAAGAUUACUUUUAUGAAUAUUUGUAAUUUCUAUGUGUGUAAAUUACUCUGAUAUUUUUCCAGAAAUUAAAGUCAUCGUUACUGAGCA